AUGCCGACAGACAAGGACAGGGACAAAGGUUAUCGGUGUACCCCUGGAACAUAUUGCCCUGAAGGGUCCAGUAGUGAACAGAUGUGUCCUGUAGGAACGUACGGGCUUCAAACUGCCGCAACAGGCAUUGACGCAUGUGCUCCUUGUCCAGUAAGCAGCAUGGCUUCAGACUAUCGCGUGGAAGCAGAAAGGCACCAAAACUCCCCUAAAGAUUUCAUUAUAAGCAAGGGAAUGCAGACCUCAGCGAUCAGGAUGGGGUGGAGCCUUGUCAGCAGACGCGGCGAAAAGUCUCUUGAUGAGGUCUGCGACGAAGCGUGCAGGGAAACACGCCCUCAGCUGAUCCUGAAGGAAUCUACAUUAAUCGUAGACAAUCCUGAAACGAGUGACGGUGAUAAAGAGUUCGACCUAGAAGAUCUCAUUGAGCACACCGGGCUUGCUACCGGCUCUUACGAUUGCACGGAGACUCAAGGCUGCACUGUUCGGAUGUUUGAUACAACGCUAGGUAGGCAUCAUGCAUGA